UUUCGCAGACAAGGUUGAGUCUUGGUAUCUUGAUGCAUGCGUCGUCGUCCAUUUUCGGAGUGGAAUCCUCUUUGGCAUAGCCGAAAUGGAUCCUGGGCUAACAUCUUUUGGCUUGGUCCAACCCAGGAACUGCUGGAAUGUAGCGUCAUCCUGAAGGACCCGACAAACAGCAUCUCCAGCAUUAAUCCAAUGAUCCCGGUCAGCGUUGUACCAGAGGCCCCCGCACAGUGCUUGACGGUUGCUGUAAACCGAGCACAGUCGAAACACGGCAUUGUAGGACUCCUGGAUCUCUGUCGCGCUUCUGAUGGGGGGCCCAAAGCGUCGAAUGUCGUCUGCUAUGUGAGUCAACAGAUGUAUCUUGAUCUUGUCCAAAAUCCGUGAUGGGUCCACAGCAUCGAAUGCAUCAAGAAUGUUCGCAACAGCAACUUCAAUUUCGGCCAGGUCCCCAGCUGCUUUCAUGAGGGAAAACUCCUCGGGUGUUGCGAUGCCGUGGACGUGGAAAGCAAGGGUUUGCAUCAAAGUCUUGAAAUGUUUCCCGAUAAGAUUGUUCUUGUACUGUAUCAUGUAUGCUGCCCGGAUGGGCGGAACGCUGAGGCCGCUCAAGUCUGUGGACUGGAGUCGAAUCGCAAAUGUAUUUCAUGAUUCCGAGAAGGACUGUAUGCAGCAGCUCGAUGGGUGUAUCCUGCGAUGGAUCAAGGCCAAGAAGAUCAAGCAAUGGCAAUAUCUUCCACCCCUGGCCGGGGAACGUUUGAUUUCAUUAACUUGAACUUGUCAAGCAGUACACCAAUCCAGUGUUGUGUAAUCUUGUCUUUCGUCCCCGUUGUUCUCUGAAGCUCUUCAAUUCGUUUCGAGUCCCCACGAGUUGCAAGCUCAAGCUGUCUUCUAAG